AUGAUCAAGAUCGCCCAGCUCCUUGCUUGUGCUCUCCUCCUCCCCGCCUUGGUUCAAGGUCUUGCCAUCCCCGAGGGUCAGGCGGGUCUCAAGCGUACCAACGAUAAAGUGGAAUACGUCCGCAAUUUAAACGCAGGUGUCGAAGUUGCCCACAAGCGUGACAUUUUGGCUCGUCACAAGAACAAUGACAAUACUGCCACGGACACUGCUGCAGCUGCCGUCGACACCGCCGCGGCGGCGAGCGCCAACACCACCGAAGUGGCAGCAGACGCAAGCACCAACUCGACUUCUACAGACGUGGCUGGUAACGACGCGGCCGCCUCUGCAACUGGCGUUUCAGCGGCGACAAAGUCGGCCAAAAAUGCUCAAGCUCAGGCUACCACUGCCACUGGGGCUGCCGCCGCUAGCGACACUUCUACCACAGGGAACGCCACCAACGACAAGGCCGCCAAGAAGGCUGCCCAGGCCGCUGCCCAAGCCGCUGCUCAAGAGUCCACUGCUGCAGAAAACGGUGCAGCUACUGCUGCUGCCGGUACGGAUUCUGCUGCCGCUGCUGCGGCUACCGACUCCUCUGCUGCUGCUGGGACCGACGCUAGAGGGGCAACUUCCACUGCCUCUUCCGGUGGGGAUCUCCUCAGCCAGCUCACUGCGCAAGUAUUGUCCUUCAACUUUGCAAUCAUCACACUUACUCCUCUUAGCCUUCUCCAGGGUGGUGACGGUGCGGCUGGAGGUGCGGCCGGAGGGGCUGGUGCCGCCUUGGGAGAUGUCGCCAACGAUGUCAAGGGUUUGCUGGGAUCUCUCUAA